AUGUGUUCCACAUUUUCCUUCGCAGGAAAGACUUACAUUGGAGAGAGCAAUGGAAGAAUUCGGUGUCGAAAAUCUAUGGUCACAGCAGCAAAAGCUCAAGUGAUUACAGCUCCCAAGCAUAGAAGCAGGCCUGUUUUUCCUCAGCUUUCAAUUCAAGGCAUUCCUCUUGCUGAUUUACAAGUGCAAGAAAUCGUUCAAAGGCAGUCUCAGACUUAUAGUGUGGACGGGGAAGGCGGCCGGAGCAGGCCGCAGUUUAACCCUAGCUUCCUUGAAGAAGCAUAUGAGAGGUGCAAGAACCUUUGUGCAGAAUAUGCCAAGACAUUCUAUCUAGGCACUUUACUUAUGACAGAAGAACGUCAAAAGGCGAUAUGGGCAAUCUAUGUCUGGUGUAGGAGGACAGAUGAACUAGUGGACGGCCCGAAUUCCGGCUACAUGACCUCAGAAGUUCUUGAUAGAUGGGAACAAAGAUUAGAAGACAUUUUCGAAGGACGGCCUUAUGACAUGCUUGAUGUUGCGCUAACUCAUACUGUUUCCAAUUUCCCUUUAGACAUCAAGCCUUUUCGGGACAUGAUCGAGGGUAUGCGAACAGACACAAUAAAAUGCCGAUACCAAAAUUUCCAAGAGCUCUAUCUUUACUGCUACUACGUGGCAGGGACAGUUGGCCUAAUGAGUGUUCCUGUAAUGGGAAUUGCACCAGAUUCUCUGAUUUCUGCACAACGUACAUAUGAUUCUGCAUUAUAUUUGGGCAUAGGAAACCAACUCACAAACAUCCUUAGAGAUGUUGGAGAGGAUGCAAUGAGAGGGAGAGUUUAUCUUCCCCAAGACGAGCUUGCACAGUUUGGGUUGUGUGAUAACGAUGUUUUUUCAAGAAAGGUGACUAAUCAAUGGAGAGCAUUCAUGAAAGAACAAAUUGCAAGAGCAAGGUUUUAUUUCAACCUAGCAGAAGAAGGAGCUUCUCAGCUUGAUAAGGCUAGCCGUUGGCCGGUAUGGUCAUCUUUACUGAUAUAUCGAAACAUAUUGGACGCAAUCGAAGACAACGAUUACGAUAACUUGACAAAAAGAGCAUACGUAAAGAGUGCCAAGAAACUUCUCAUGCUGCCUUUGGCAUACACAAGAUCUCUAUCAACGCAUUUCUUUGAUGUCCCAAUAACAAAAACAUGAAGUUAUACAUCAAAUUACUCAGACAUGUUUUGCGUGUGUUCGAGCUGUGUAUAAAUUGUGUACAUUUUUGCUCGAUAUA